CUGGCCGCGGUGCUGAAACGCGUUUCGAAGAGCGGGCCGGGCGGGGCCUGCGAGGGCGAGCGGGAGGGGCAGGCAGGGCAGAGGCGCAGGCCCAGACCCUGGCCGACCUAGAGGAGGCGGCAGACUGGAGCCCAUCCUGAUCGGAACGGACACAUUCGUCUGGAACGCGUCUCUUGAAAAGACAAGGUUGACCUUGGCCUGCUGCGCUCCCAACUAACUGGGGGAAUGCUCGCAUGGCGCCCUGACCUCAGGCUGCUCCUCACACCAGGCUGAGGACUGACCCACGACUGGGCCUUCUGCUCCCUAGAGCUGUAGACCUGCACCCAGCCAGUGCCCCUGUCCUAGUCCAGUGGCCUUCGUCAUGGUGAAGUUGCUGCCAGCCCAGGAGGCCGCCAAGAUCUACCACACCAACUAUGUGCGAAACUCGCGCGCCGUGGGAGUGAUGUGGGGCACGCUCACUAUCUGUUUCUCGGUGCUGGUCAUGGCCCUCUUUAUCCAGCCCUACUGGAUAGGCGACAGUGUUAGCACGCCACAGGCUGGCUACUUUGGCCUGUUCUCGUACUGCGUGGGCAACGUGCUGUCGUCGGAACUCAUCUGCAAGGGGGGCCCUCUGGACUUCUCCUCCAUCCCCUCUAGAGCCUUCAAGACUGCCAUGUUCUUUGUGGCCUUGGCCAUGUUCCUCAUCAUCGGCUCCAUCAUCUGCUUCAGCCUGUUCUUCGUCUGUAACACAGCCACGGUCUACAAGAUUUGCGCCUGGAUGCAGCUGGCUGCUGCCACGGGCCUAAUGAUCGGAUGUCUGGUCUACCCAGAUGGUUGGGACUCCAGCGAGGUGCGGCGUAUGUGUGGCGAGCAGACGGGCAAGUACACACUGGGCCACUGCACCAUCCGCUGGGCCUUCAUGCUGGCCAUCCUCAGUAUCGGAGAUGCGCUCAUCCUCUCCUUCCUGGCUUUCGUGUUGGGCUACCGGCAGGACAAGCUCCUCCCCGAUGACUACAAGGCAGAUGGGAAUGGUACCUGUCUUUCUCCAUGGGUAUAUCCUUCCCUGGGGCUGUGGGUGGAGAGGUGGUUGCGGUGGUGGCUCUCUGAAGCCAAGUGUGUCUGGGCCUCUUGA